AUGCUUCCCACCCCUCCUCAGUCUCCCCCAAUACCCCGCUAUGCCCCGGAAGACCGCCUCGGACUGCUCCUAGCCAACCGGCUGGAGCUCACCAGCAUCCUCGGAGUUGGCGCCUAUGGUGUGGUAUACACAGCCGUGGAUAUCCAUACCGACGUUCUAUACGCUGUCAAGGCCCUCAACAAAGCUGGUUUGGAUCCCCGCCAGCUUAAGUUCCAGCAACGUGAGAUCAAGCUCCACCACAUGGCCAGCCAACACCCCAAUGUCGUCUCCCUGGUUCGCAUCAUGGAUUCCGUCGACUGCACCUAUGUGGUUAUAGAAUUCUGCCCCGAAGGAGAUCUGUUUUCAAGCAUCACCGACAAGAGCCACUUUGUCGGGAACGAUCUCCUGGUUAAGCGCGUUUUUCUUCAAAUCCUGGAUGCGGUCCACUACUGCCACUCGCUCGGAAUCUACCACAGGGAUCUCAAGCCGGAGAACAUUCUGGUCACCGACCAGGGAUUGACCGUCAAGUUGGCUGACUUUGGCCUUGCUACAAUGGACUACCUCACCUCCGAUUUUGGAUGCGGGUCGACAUUCUACAUGUCGCCAGAGUGCCAGCAACCGAACCCCCGCCCGAUGUCAUACUACCAAUCAGCACCGAAUGACGUCUGGAGCUUGGGUGUCAUCCUCGUCAAUUUGACCUGCGGUCGUAACCCGUGGAAGCGUGCCUCAUUCGAGGAUUCCACCUUCCGCGCCUAUCUCAAGGACCCGUUCUUCCUCAAGUCCAUCCUCCCCUUGUCGGACGAGAUGGUCUGUAUUCUCAGCCGCAUCUUCGAGCCUGACCCCUCAAGGCGGAUUACCAUUCCGGAGCUGCGCCAAAUCAUUCUGGACUGUCCACGAUUCACUCUCAACCCCAUGACUCCUUGGGGGUCAACAACUGGACCACUUGUCAACUACAUCCACCCUCCACAGGUUCCCGUCCCUGUUGUCGAGGACGCCUUGAACACCGAACCUUCUGUCUGCUCCUCUGAUUCGUCUCAAUACUCGGAUGCCUUCUCCGCCGUCUCGGAUGCUUCUUCCUACACGGAAGGCUAUUCAGACAUGGACAGCAUGUCCUCUCUUGGACCGGACGAGACAGCCUGCAAGGAUGACUUUCCCCAAUUGGACCCUGUCGCAUGCGGUGAUAUUCCAGAACCACCUGUGACCGAACCAUUCGUGGUUUGCCAACAACCAUACACCUACCCUAUACCCGUCUGUUAA